AUGUCUAACCAAGAAACUUAUGAAUUUCAGGCGGAGAUCACUCAGUUAAUGAGUUUGAUCAUUAAUACAGUUUACUCCAAUAAGGAAAUUUUUUUGAGGGAGUUGAUUUCCAAUGCAUCUGAUGCUUUGGAUAAGAUUAGAUACCAAUCGUUAUCAGACUCAAAGGUGUUAGAGAGUGAACCUGAGAUGUUUAUUAGGAUUACGCCAAAGCCUGAGGACAAGGUUUUGGAGCUAAGAGACUCUGGUAUUGGUAUGACCAAGGCGGAGUUGAUUAACAAUUUGGGUACCAUCGCGAAGUCAGGUACCAAGGCAUUUAUGGAGGCAUUGUCGGCUGGUGCGGAUGUUUCUAUGAUUGGGCAGUUCGGUGUUGGAUUCUAUUCGUUGUUUUUGGUUGCUGACAGAGUGCAGGUUAUCUCGAAGCACAAUGACGAUGAGCAGUAUGUGUGGGAGUCUAAUGCAGGUGGGUCUUUUACUGUCACUCUUGACACUACCAAUGAGAAGAUCGGCAGAGGUACUAUUUUGAGGCUAUUCUUGAAGGAGGACCAGUUGGAGUAUCUAGAGGAGAAGAAGAUCAAGGAGGUUGUCAAGAGACAUUCUGAGUUUGUUGCUUAUCCAAUCCAGUUGUUGGUGAGCAAGGAGAUUGAGAAGGAGGUGCCAGUUGCGGAGGACGAGGCAGAAGAAAAGAAGGAGGGUGAAGAAGAGGCUGAGGACAAGAAGCCAAAGUUGGAAGAGGUUGAUGAGGAUGAUGCUGGCGAGGAAAAGAAGCCAAAGACCGAGAAGGUUAAGGAGACCGUUAAGGAGUUGGAGGAGUUGAACAAGACUAAGCCAUUGUGGACUAGAAACCCAUCUGAGGUUUCUCAAGAGGAGUACAAUGCUUUCUACAAGUCCAUUUCUAACGACUGGGAGGACCCAUUGGCUGUUAAGCACUUUUCUGUUGAAGGUCAACUAGAGUUUAGAGCGAUCUUAUUUAUUCCAAAGAGAGCACCAUUCGAUUUGUUCGAAUCUAAGAAGAAGAAGAACAACAUCAAGCUAUACGUCCGUCGUGUCUUUAUCACCGAUGAGGCUGAAGACUUGAUCCCAGAAUGGUUGUCUUUCGUCAAGGGUGUUGUCGACUCUGAAGACUUGCCAUUGAACUUGUCAAGAGAAAUGUUGCAACAAAACAAGAUCAUGAAGGUCAUCAAGAAGAACAUUGUCAAGAAAUUGAUUGAAGCUUUUAACGAGAUCGGUGAAGAUGCUGAACAGUUUGAAAAGUUCUACUCCGCCUUCGCCAAGAACAUCAAGUUGGGUAUUCACGAGGACUCCCAAAACAGAGCUUCUUUGGCCAAGUUGUUGAGAUACAACUCCACCAAGUCUGUUGACGAGCAAACUUCUUUGUCUGACUACGUCACCAGAAUGCCUGAACACCAAAAGAACAUCUAUUUCAUCACUGGUGAAUCUAUUAAGGCUGUCGAAAAGUCUCCAUUCUUGGAAGCUUUGAAGGCUAAGAAUUUCGAAGUUUUGUUCUUGGUUGACCCAAUUGACGAAUACGCCUUCCAACAAUUGAAGGAGUUCGAAGGUAAGCAAUUGGUCGACAUCACCAAGGACUUUGAAUUGGAAGAAACCGACGAGGAGAAAGCUCAAAGAGAACAAGAGAUAAAGGAAUUUGAACCAUUGACUACUGCUUUGAAGGAAGUCUUGGGCGAACAAGUUGAGAAGGUAGUCGUUUCUUACAAGUUGGUCGACGCUCCAGCUGCCAUCAGAACUGGCCAAUUCGGUUGGUCCGCUAACAUGGAGAGAAUCAUGAAAGCUCAAGCUUUGAGAGAUUCUACUAUGUCUUCUUACAUGGCUUCCAAGAAGACGUUUGAAAUUUCUCCAAAAUCUGCUAUCAUUAAGGAGUUGAAGAAGAGAGUUGAAGAGAGCGGUGCUCAGGAUAGAACCGUCAAGGACUUGACUACCUUGCUAUACGAAACUGCUCUAUUGACCUCUGGUUUCACCUUGGAAGAGCCAGCUACUUUCGCCAACAGAAUUAACAGAUUGAUCUCCUUGGGUUUGAACAUUGACGAAGAACCUGAACAAGUCACUGAAGUCUCUUCCGACGCCACUGCCACAGCCCCAGUUGAGGAAGUUGUUCCAGAAACUGAAAUGGAAGAGGUUGAUUAA